UUCUAUGACAGGUGGGAUUGGGGCCGGAUAGUAGAUGCUGAACUAGCCAAGUACAUUAUGUAUGAGGAGUUAUAUGAAAGGUUUCUUUUCAUUGAUGAUAGGAUUUGAAAGUUGAGCAAGGUAUUCUGCAUUGAUCACCGAACUGUAAUGAUUCUAUUUACGCUCGUGCACUAGAUUUUAAUGGGAUGUUCACUUUAUGGGUUGAUUUUGAUGAGGAUUUCCCUUUAAAAUGUUUAGUUCUCCCUUCAACUUCCCUCUUGGGAAAGUUGGUUAGUCGUUUUAGCGAAGAAUAAAGUAAGAAGCAAGAGAGGAAAAUUGACCAAGGGAAAGUGACUUCUAGAAACCGCUGAGGCAGAGCAAGAACUGUUUGACAAAAGUUUGAUCAGUUGUGUAGCAUCAAAAAAGCCUGGGAACAAGUUUCAUGUGCGAGUGCUGUGAAGCCUGGUUACCAAGCAAGAGGCAGAUUCAAAAUGGCGGGAGAAACGAAUUUACGAGCUCGUUGUUUUUCUUGAGAAAAACAAAGACGUCAUGCAAACUUUAGACGUUUACAAGAAAGAGGAAAGAAAGAUAUGGCAGCGAAAACCAUCUCCUUCUCCGGAAGAGGGUUUGGUAGUCUGCAUCAGUCAUUCCACAACAAGUGCUUUCUCGUUACAAGGAAGAAAUAUCCGAUUCCUUCGAACGGCGUUCAGUUCAACUGGUGAAGCCUUUGCAGCUGGUGACCAUCAGGGAAAUAUUUUUGUCUUUGAUUUAAUCAAAAAUAGGUUUUCAUUAAUCCACAAAACAGGAACUCCGUGCACAGCUCUUUCCUUUUGUUUGAGGAGAAAAAAUGAAGUGUUGGUGGCUCUUGCUGACAAUUCGCUGAGAUGUUAUGAUACAGAAACCCAUGAAUUAGUUAGCUGGAUGAAAGGCCAGGACUCAGCAAUCCAAAGUAUAUCAGUUCAUGCAUCAGGCCGUUAUGCAGUCACUUCAUCCAACUCUGUUGCUCAGUUGUGGGACUUAGACACAUUUUCCCGUAAAAGAACUUUAAAUGGAGCUCAAACUGUUGGAAUUCAGCAGGUUUUGUUCCUGCCAUUGAGCAAUACCAUGGUGACAUGUUUCAAAGAUGACAGUUUAUUUGUAUGGGAUUCAGAAACACUCAAGUGUAAAUUCCAGCUUCCUGUUCCCCCUGAAGACACAAAACAGCCCCAUUACAAAACAUUAGCCACGCCCAGGGAUGGCAGAUUACUUGUUGCAGGAGGAAGGUCUCGAUUUCUUCAUGUGUGGAGUCUGGAGAACAAACGUCUUCUCCAUGUCAUUCAGCUUCCAGCAAGAGUCCGCCUUGUCAGACAACUGGAAUUCAUCAGUAACAGCUUUGAUGGAGGCAGCAGUCAGACACUUGGUGUCCUGUCCCAAGAUGGUGUUCUGCGCUUUAUUGACAUCCAUGCCUGUAAACAGCUUUUUGAGAUUGGAGGUGCUGAUGAGAUUAUUAACAACUUCAGUAUCAGUUCAAAUGGCCGAUAUGUCGCAGCUGUAAUGGACAAUGGUAACAUCAAUAUUUAUAGUGUUCCAGCACUAUCACAGCAGUUUUCCAAGCCGCCCCCGCCAUUGGUUAAAACCGUGUGGGAAGAGAGAUCACAUUCACGGCAAAGUCUUCCAGAGGGACUCAAUCAAGCAAGGCUCAAGUCGAUUCUUCAAGGCUAUGGCGAAUAUCCUGCUAAAUAUAGAAUGUUCAUUUGGCGGUCUCUUCUCAACCUUCCUGAGAACCAUGCGGCUUACAGCAGCUUGGUGGACAAGGGAACUCACAGUGCUUUUGUGAGAAUCCAUGAAGAAUAUCCUAUCAAGAGUAGAAAGCUACUGAGAGUCCUCCAGAGGACGCUGUCGGCCUUAGCUCACUGGUCAGCCAUAUUUGGUGAAGUAGACUACCUGCCUCUGCUGUCCUUUCCUUUCGUUAAACUCUUUCAAAAUAACCAGCUGAUCUGCUUUGAGAUGAUAGCAACGAUCCUGACAAACUGGUGCCAGCAUUGGUUCGAAUUUUUUCCAAACCCUCCUGUGAAUAUCCUUGGGAUGGUGGAAAAUAUACUUGUUCAUCACGAUAAAAGAUUGAUGGAACACUUUGUCAACUGUAAUGUCACAUCACAGAUGUACGCCUGGCCAUUGCUACAGACGCUCUUAUCUGAAGUUCUGACCAAGGACGAGUGGUUGAGAGCUUGGGAUAACAUUUUUUCCAACCAUCCGUCGUUCCUUCUCUUUGUAGUUGUAGCUUACGUCAUCGUUUCACGCAAAGCUCUGUUACAAUGCACGAGGAAAGAGGAUUUUGAGUACUUCUUUCAUAACCGGAAUGCAGUCGACAUUGGUGCAGUUAUACGUGAAGCUUACCGACUGCAGGAUGGCACUCCAGCAGAAGCAAACCCGCAGAGGAUGCUGGAACCAUUCAUGCCACUGACUAAAGGACAAUAUCCGAUCUUCAACAAAUAUCCAAAGUUUAUUGUGGAUUAUCAGGUCCAAGAAAGAGAACGUAUACGCCAGGAAGAACUGGAGUAUUUGAGACAGAGGCAACUGGCCCAGGAGAUGAAAGAGGUAGCAGAUCAGCGCAAACAAGAAGAAGAAGCGUUUUAUCGACAACAAGAACUCAUGAUUGACGCUGAGAAUCAAAGAAGAAGAAUGAUCGGUCAGGAAGAACAGAAACUGAGCGAUCAGAGAAGCAGGUUGCAGGCAAUGAAACGAGAGAUUCAUCUACGAGAGCUGCAACUGCUGGACGCUGUUCGCAGACGUUUCAUGCAUCAUCAGCAAACACUUAAAGAAGCGGAGCUACAAAGACUUGAUGACGAGAUAGAACGUAAGGCAUUGCUUAGAGAACAAGAAACCAGGCACGCUGUAGAAGAUGCUGAGAUAAAAGGACUGGAGCUUCAAGCGCAAAAAGAAAUGCUUCAACAGGAUUUGAUCCGAGAUGAGCUGCAGCAUUCCUUUAAGCAGAGAUCAGAGCAAGCGAUCCAACGAAAACAGCAGGAAUUGGAAGAGCAACUUUUUAGGAGGACAAUGGAUGCCGUUCAGGAGGUCGACAUUGAUUCACAAAGGAUUUCUCAAGAAGAAUUGGCUAAUGCCCAGCAGAAACACACAUCUGUCAAUAUGGAAGAAGAAGUAGAUAUGAGGACUAGAAUGGAUGAUCUUCACCGAGAGCUGAAUGAAGUCAAGAUUGCCCAGCAUGUUUUGGAGAAUAAGGAAAGAGAGACUGAAGUUCAGUCGCUUGUACAUGAGUUGAGGAAUAAAGAGAAUGACGUUGUGGCUGUGAAACAGUCGGAAGUGAGACAACAGAAAGCUUUGGCAGCCGAGGAGGACAGAAGACGUUUGAAUCUUCUGAGUGCUCUGACACGAGAUCAGACUACGACUACCGACGACUCGGAGUCAUUUUCUCGGCUUAGGGAAAUUCGUCAAAUCCCGGAUCACCCUAGAAAACCGUUAAGUACCAUGCUGCCCAAUAACACAGAGAGCAGCACCACGACAGAGUCAGAAUCCAGCGGAACACCUAUCACUUCUCGAGAACCUUCCCUUGAACGUCAGCGAGCAACUUUUGAGAAACGUGAACUGGAACUCAUGGCUGAGGUGAGAGAUUUGAGAAAAAGACUCGCUGCCAGACGGCAACAGCGCCCACCUCCUUUUCAUGGAAAUACACAGCAAUGACGAUAAGAUAGAAGCACAACUGAUUUUAUUCAUGAUUAUCUCACAUUUUCCUGAAAGUUGUUUUGUAAAUACUUUCUAAGUACCCAAGUUUUGUAUAUUCCCACGGUAAUGGUUACUUGCAGAAGAGCAUUACGUUCCUUUGUUACUCCAAAUGAGUGGUGAAUUUCUUAUUUCAAAAUAGUAGGCUUGAGGGUACAAGAAGAGCCGUUUGUUCUUUUGAAAAUACUCUGGCAUCCUACAAACCAACAGCCUUUAUAUGUAUAGAUGUAUAAUUACAUCAGAAUAGCCAAUUCACCUCCAAGUCUCGUUUUCAAAGUAGGGAGUGAUUAAUUUUAUCCUCUACAUUUGACUUGUUAUCGUCUGGAAAUUGUAACGAAAGUACUCCAAAAGCUCUGACGUGAACAGGAUUCCAUCGUGAAAACAACAAGAAAGUUUCAAAUGCUUAAGUAUGUACUGUAAACGAAACAUGGAGAAGUUUCAGUUAAAAGUAUCAUCAUGCGCAAGGGCUUUUGACUGUUACUGAAACACUGGCAUACUUGUUAAUGAGAAAGAUACGUGUACGUUAAGUUGCCUAGCAACACGGCUCUCAUUAUUCGCAAGCUCAUGGUGAAUAGGCUAUCCUGAUCCUCGUCCACCUGGCUCGAAGAUACUGGACAAUACUACGGGAUCAAUGUUACAAGCCAAGAAAUUGUUUAAGUUAACUAAAUAAACUUUAAAAAAUAUGGA